CAGUCGGAAGUGGGUGGAAAGAUAUAAAUUACUUCAUCGCUCCGGAAUGUGCAACCUUGUCAAUAUUCCUAUAUUGGGUAAAUAAUAGCAACCGUAACCAGUCGGAAACAAACAAGAGCCUUAAUAUUGUUUUUGUUUGCAGCGAGAAAUUUACUUGCACAUGUUAAUAUCUGAAUCCUCCUUUGAAUUGGCCAUUUGAAUGCCAUUACUUACAUCUGUCAAUCAAACGCAUGUAACGCAAGGCUGUUGGGCACAUGCAGCUCAAAAUUAUCCUAAGUGGGGCACACUGGGGGAACGAAGACAGUUUUCUUUGAUAAGUAGGAGAUAAUUUCUGACUGAAAAACUGCGUUUUUUAAGGCGAGGAAUGUAAAAGCUGUCAGUUUUGGCUCAUGGAAGAGGAACGAAAUUGGUACAACCACCUUGAAGUAUUGUGAGCCGAACUAAUACAAACAUGAUAACCCCACCCUAGAGGAAAGCAAAUUGUUGCAUUUUGUCGCUGGCGCGCUAACAUUAAAUUAGUCGUUUUGAAAGAAAAGCAAAAAUUCCUCAUGGAUUUACGUCCGGCGUAUGUUUCUAAGUGAUUGCAGCGUUUCUUAUGGGUCAAACACAAGUUUGACAUCUCUCAGGAUUAAAUAUUUCGAUUCAUAAGGUGAUAUUUUGAUCGCCUGGAUGUGUGUGAACAUCAAUGUGAUGAAGACGAUCUGACCGGUGGCUUUGACACCAUACCGUUACUGUACUGCAUUGAGUAUAGUUUGCCGACUUGCCGCGAAUUUACUGGAUCGCUUGAAAGCAUGGCGACCGCAGAAGGUUUUCUUCAAAGUCCGCUUGUCGUUUGGGCUAAUAAUACUUUCAAGGGAAGUGCACUCAUAGAGUCGAUCACCGACUUGGCUGAUGGCGUUUUUCUUAACGAAAUCAUGAUGGACAUCGAUCCAACUUACUUCACUUUAACUCGCAUUCAUCAAAAUGUUUACGGAGAUGUGAAUUUGCGGAUGCAGAAUUUGGACACACUUGUCAAACAUUUGAAAAGAUAUUACCAGGAGAAACUGCAGCAGCUUGUUUUGCUGAGAAGUCCAGAUGUUGUUAUAAUAGCUCGAGAUCCCCAAAGUGAUGAAGCUGCUGAGGAACUGAACAAAAUCCUUUUGCUAAUGUUGGGUUGUGCAGUUCAGUGUGACAAUAAAGAGCAUUUCAUUGAAAGAAUAAAGGGAAUGGAUCUUGAAGUUCAAAAAUCACUGGUUGAGUACAUUCAACAGAUCACAGACAACCCAGAUAAUGUACUUGCUUUCCGAGCUCAUGACCUGGCAGAGUACCCUGCAGACCAGUUGUUGCUUUAUGCAGAAAACAUGUUUUAUCACAUGAGCCAGCUUGCUGAGGACAGAGACAACUGUGUUGGAAUGAUGUCACAUCUGUCAUAUGAAAGAGAUGCAUUACUUCGGGACAGUGAGAACAAGAGCCGCCGUGCAUUUUCGCCACCACCAAGCCCGGCUGUCAGCCACAAUAAAGAACUGCCAUCUGUACAAGCUAACAAAGAAAAAAUCCGACUCCUGACUGAAGAAAUAGAGGAAAAGAAUGUGGCCCUCACGGAGCUACGUGAUGAAUUGCUUGCCAGUAAAAAGAGUCUAGAAACACUCCGGCAAGAGAACAAGAGUUUGUCUCAAGAUGCUCGAUGGGUUAAAGCUUACAGAGACGAGAUUGAUGCCUUGAAGUCAAAGACGGAUAGAGUAGAUAGGCUGGAGGCUGACAACCACAGAUUUAAAGAAAAACUGCGGGAUUUAGAUUACUACAAAAAGAGAGCAGAGGAAUUGAAAGAGCAAAAUGAACUGUUGUAUGAAACAAAGGUUGUAUUGGAGGAACAACUUACAGGACUUAACUCAAAGGAAGAAAGGAUUGAAAUCUUGGAGGAAGAGAAUAAGAAGUUGAAGUCUCACAUUCAUCAUUUAGCAGAGGAACGACAGUUUGACCAAUUAAAGCUCAAGGAAGUAAUGGAGGAAAAUGCGCAACUGAUCGUUGACAAGCAGAACAGUAUGGCUGAAGUUGCUGCCUUAACAUCAGAACUUGAUGCACUACGGGGAAACAAGUCUCCAGGAACCACAACAUUUGCUAGUGAAUUUAGCGAGUCCAGCUCAAUUGAAGUGCUCCGAAUGCAGAGGGAAAACCAACAGCUACGGAAAACGAUCGACGAGCUCAAGCACUCUGGUCAAAGAAUUAUCGAACUGGAAGCUGAAAAUGAACAGCUACAGAAGGCGAGCAUGGAAGGAAAAACCACCGUGUUUACUCUGAAUGAGGAACUCGCCAAAUUGAAGGCAAGAGGGCUGCAACAAGAAAACGAUUUGAACGCUUUGCGUUCCGUCGUGAAACGACAACAGGAAGAGUUGAAAACGUCGGUAGACAAUGUGUUAAACUUGUCCGGAGAGUUGAGAGAAAAAGAUAUAGAAAUGUCACAAGUUGAGGAACAGAGUUUGCUUAAUUACCAGUUGUCUGAAGAAAAGGUACGGGAUCUUAUGAGUGUGGCCGAAGAGCUGAAAGAAAAAGAGGCGAAGAUUACACAGUUGAACCAAGAGGUUGUGGAGAAACAGGAAAGAAUAACAGAACUGAGUCGGCUAGCAGAGGAGAGAGAAACUAACAUCAUGGAACUGUAUCAGAGAGUCAAAGAAAACGAGCAAGAAAUAACGAAUCUUGCAAAACAGUCCGAGAACAAAGAGGAGAAGAUUUCAGAACUGACCAAGUUAAUACAGUCAAAGGAGGAGAAACUCGCCGACUUGAACUUGGAGGUACGAGACAGAAAGAAGGAAAUUUCCGCGCUACAGGAUUUAGUGAAGGAAAAGGACGAUCUUUUGGCGAAGAUAACUCAAAAGAUCAAAGACAAAGAAGAGAGCAUUGCGGAGCUGAAAGAGAGCAUCGAGGCUAGAGACAGACGGCUACAAAGCCUGGAGAAAAGACUUGUCGAGGCAGCCGAGGAACAAAGCCAAACUGAAGAAGCUUUGAAGAAACAAAGGAAAAGUAACGUUGAGCUGGAGAACAGAAUCGAAGAUUUCUUGUCUCAAAAUAAAAAGUCGGAGGAGCAUAUUAGAAGAAAAGACGAUGAAAUCAACGAACUUGAAAACAGAGUCGAGGAGACAGUCAAGCAGAAAAACAGGACAGACGAGAACCUCAGGAAAAAAGAAAAAGAAUCCUACGAACUGAAAAACGGACUUGAAAAAGUCACCGACGAGAAUGAAAGACUGGCUGAGGAGUUGAAAUUCAAGGAACAAAAAGUACACUCUCUACAGAAAAGAGUGGAAGAAUUAAUGCUGUCACUGGAUGAGAGCUCAGAGACUCUUAAUAAGAACCUUAAGGAGAAGGAAAAGGAGAAUAAAAAUCUUGAGCGAAGGAUUGAAGAACUCAAUGAAUCGCUUGACGAAAGAGAGAAAAUCAAGCAAGUCGUAAAGGAAAGAGAAGAGAAGAUUGAAACAUUGAACAAGAGCUUUGAUGAAAAAGACAAAUUGUUGCAGGAACUGGAAAGCAGGUUGGAGGAAUCGAAAGGGGAAAGAAAAAAGCUGGAACACGUGGUGAAACUAAAGGACAAGAAGAUCGAAGCACUAGAGAGCAGUCUUGCCGAGGUGGAAAACACCAGUACGGUACAAAAAGAUGAUCGAAUCAUGGAAAUGAAGAGAAAUGUGGAAGGAAAAGAUAACAGAAUUAUUGAACUGGAGAGCAGGUUGGAGGAUGCGUCGCUCGCCAACUGCAAACUCCAACAGAGUCUGAAAAUCAAAGAGGAGAAGAUUACAGAACUAGACACUAAGAUUGAGGAUAUUGAAAGUCUUUCGUCCGAAAAGAACAGACUCAGCCAAAGUUUGGACCACAAAACGAAAAAGGUUUUAGAUCUGGAAACGAAGCUGGAGGAAAUGUCAAAUGACAACCAAAGAUUGCAGCUCAGCAUUGAACAGAAAAAUGGAAAAAUAAGAACGCUGGAAAACAAAGUUCUGGAGCUUGAGGAGUCUUUGGGUUCCUCGCAUCUCUUACAACAAAACAUCAAGCAGAAAGACGAGAAGGUGUCUUCAUUGAAUCAGGUCAUUCAGGAAAGAGAGGAGAAGCUUGCUGAGUUGGAAAACAGGUUGGAAGAUGCCCAGGCCCGCAAUCACAAACUGACGCACAGUCUGAAGAUAAAAGAGGAGAAAAUAACAUCUUUGGAAGAAAGUGUGGAAACUUUAGAUGAGCUACUGUCGGAGACCAAAAAGCUCAACCAAGCAGUCCAACUGAAAGAUGAGAAGAUCAAGGCACUUGAAAACAAGUAAGACCCACCCAUCCACGUGCUGCCUCGUGUUCUUGACUUAUAUUGUGUCAUUGGUCGUGUUUCUCUCUUGGGCUCGCCAUUGCAGCAUUCGGACUCAAUUUAUAAACCUAACACAGUUGACCUCCUUAGUUUAUU